AACACCACUGCCCCCAGGCAAAAACCAGAUGCAAUGUGUGACCUCCCGCAUGAGUCGGGCCAUGAAGAAGAUGAACGAGGUCCAUGGUUGCCAUGGCGGUCAUGAACUCCUAUGCUACCUCAGACCCUGGACUCAGAGAAGGCAAGCAGGAGUCCCCCAGAACCAUAAAUCUGGGGAAUUCCACUGCCAACCCAGACAGAAUCCAGGAGCACAGGCAUGGAUGCUGCUACACUGCAGGAAGGAAGGUCCCAUCAGCCUCUGGGUGCUGGAGCUAGACCUUGACAGCAUCACUUGGUCAGCCAGGGAACAACAGGUGCAAGUGUAUGACAUCAUCGCAGUGAGGAUACCUGAUCUCGGACAGAGGGCCUCCCUAGAGCCAUGGAGUCCUGUGGCCCCCAUCCCACUUGAGCAGCAAGUCUAUCCUGGUUAUUGAUAUUGACAAAUGUCUCUGGCUCCAACCAGUUAUCAGGGACACUGCUGCAGUGUUUAAAUUAGUCUAAUAUCUUAAGUGACUGUGUACCCCCACCACCUGCCACAUUGCCCCUCAGCCCUCGCUGUAUCUCAACCAACUAUGGCCCAGGCCAGACUCCAUCUUGGGUCCAGGUGCUCAGUUUCAGGCAUGCGAAAUACCCACCUGCACCCUCACUCUCAACUGCAUCUGCUCCGUGGAUCAACUACAAACAUGUUUUUCCCCUUCUGGUGUAUGAAGAGAAGCUAUUGCUAAGUGGGUAGGAUGUUACCCUUCCUUGCAAUUAUCAGAAGAACAGUGAUUAUUAGUGUAUUCCCAGUGGAUUUCUACCCACAAAAGUCUUCCAAGAUAAAACUUACUUAAAAGAAAUAAGCUCUGAGCUCUCCCAAGGGGGCUGGACAUGUCAGCUCAGCUUUUCUUGCAAAGCGGUCAUUUCUUGCAAUCAAUGAAACUUAACUGGACUCAAUUUUCUCUUUGGCAACAGCUCAAACACAGGUAGGACAAAGCACCCUUGAUCUAAAUCUGCUGCGAGGCCAUCCAGGUGGCUCAGCCUGCUUCUUUUGUGCUCAAGCCCUGGUGAGAUUUUGCGGGGGCCACCCGCAGUUCACGUUCUAAAGAGACAUUGAUUUUUGAUCGAGGAGGGAAGGCAAGAAUAAUGAAUGGGCUGCCUCACCUGCUGCUUCUCUUUUGGCUCCUGCCUUCAACGACUCGUAAGAUAACGGAAACUGCAUGUGUGUUGAGGAACCCUUUGCAGACUCCAGAGGACUACUACAGGCCUGAGGAUCUCAUUAUUGGGGGGAAUCUGCCCCUGGAAACCAUUUUUGACACUAUAAUAAGGAACUUUCAGAAGGACCCAUCACUGAUCCCAAUUAUAUCAGGGUAAAUUUCACCUGGAGGGGAAAGGGAUAAAAGAUUCAUCAUCAUCAGGUUUACUACAGCCCCAAGGCCAGAUAAAAUAAAAAUAUGUAAUAAUAGUAGUAAUAUAUAUAUAUACCCACACAUUAUUACAUAUAUGUAAUAAUCCACACACACACACAUGUAUAUUUUACACAUACACAUAGACAUACAUCAGAGGAACAAGAAGUAUGAGAAGACCUAAAAAUAAUUAUGAAUAGAAAUACAAAAAUGAAUCAAAAUAAAAUAAUAUUUUAAGAAAUUCUAAAUCUAAGUAAGAAAUUCUAAAUCUAAGCAUAUCGUCCAGAUGAUAGGACAGUACUGGGCAACCUGGGAGGAUAUUUUCAGGUCCUUGUCUGAAAGAAGUAGCAUUAAAUAGAAAUCACACUCCCUGUCUGGAAAUUUCUUCAAUAUAGGAUAUAUAAGGGUCUGUCUAGAGUCCUUAUAUAGGGAACAGUAUGAUCACAUAUGGCUUAAAGUUUCUAUUGAGCCAUCACCACAUGGGCACAACUGAAGGGGCAUAGGAGAACCCUUGAAACAUCCAGAAAGAGCUGCUGAGGACAGAGUGUCCAGCCUGGCUCAAGUGAAAGCUUUGCAGAAUUUCAAAAUGGUAAUGGAUGAUGAUUAGGAGGCUGGAACGAACCUUUCUGGAAGAAAAUGACAACCAUUGGGGUGUAGCACCUUACUUAAAUUUGUUUGGAGAUCUAUAUCCCAGAUUCGUUGUUUCAGGGCAGUUCUAGCAUUAUCGAAACCUAACAAGCACAGACUUUCCAUAGAGAAGCCCAGCUACUGGAUUGUAACUAAGGCUUUUUAAAGCCACGACGAUUUAAAAAGAUCUCUGAAUACUAAUGGAGCUAAACAUACAGGAAGUAGAAUUAACUUUAGCCAGAAGGUAAGAAGAAGAAACCAUGCUCUGGCAUCCAGUGAAACUAUACCUAUUUCUACCUGUCGGAUAGCAUUUUUGAUACGUUUGGAACCAUCAAUAUGGCUCUAAUGAACUUAUUCUGAAUGGUUUCAAUAAUAUUAAGCUUUGCAAGGAAGUGAAUUUGGGAGUCGUAGAGAAGCUGAGGGACUAGCUUAGCUGGAAAAGCCUAAAAGCUGCAGGAAUAUAAUGGGCUCCUUUUGAAUGGUAAAAUCUUACAAUAAGUGAAGUACGCCAUGUGACACUUGCAUUCCAGGAUAAGGAAGCCUGGAACUGCACUGCAAGAUACUCAUAGGUGUGCAUCUGUUCCAGGGGAGUCCUAUUUUUGUGAAUCUUAUGACAGUGUUAGGCAAAAACUAAGAUUUUAGUUUUCUGAUAAUUUAUUGAUAGUUUUUGUUCUGUGCCAAAUAAAGCUGGUUCUGUAAGUGCUUUUCUCAUCCCCACCUGCGAAGGAGACAUAAUGACUACACCAUUGGCAUACAGUAGUGCCGGAAUCACACAGUCAGCCAAAAUGGGUGGAUGAUGGGCUGGAACAGAAAGCACUUAUGGGAUUUAGAUAUAACUUCAAAAGUGGUGGAGCUAAUAUGCAACCUUGUCUUACACCUCUUUAAGUUGGGACUGUUUUAGAUAAGUGUCCCCAAGGGGGACAUCUAACUUUCAGAGAAGUGUUUGAAAAAAAGUGACUGGAUAAGCAGAAGCAGCCUUCGGUCAAUAGUGGAAUGUCUCAGCCUGUCCGAGAGUCUCUCCCUUGGUAUUAGGGAAAUGACUGGCCUAGUGAAGAGGUUGGCUCAUAAUAUUAAUUUGGACAGAAAGUCAGGUUGAAAACUCAGAGAAAAAGCCAAUCCAUUUACAGUGUGGAGCUGCUGGAAAAAAAAGACAAACCCAGAUUUGGAAUCAUUCGUGCUCUUUUGCAACGGCCUUUAGUAAAUCUAUGUUGUGACCUCCAGUGGAGUAUUGGGAACAGCUGAAAAAGCUCUUCAGAAGGACAACCAAACUGUCCAAGCUACCUUAGAGGUUACUCAUGUGGAUGGGUCAUGGCUGUUUAGAGUUGCAAAUGUGGUACUUCUUAGCCCUGAUCUGCAUUUACCAUGGUUCCAAGGCAGUAUCAUCUACAUAGUAUUCUUAAUCACAUUUAUUCUGUCCAAAAGCUCACAACAAACUGAUUCACCACCUCAAAGUCCAGGAGGAAACACAAACACACACACACACACAGAGACACACACAAGGAAAGGCAAACGCCACCAGCACACACAAGCCUCCCUGUCAUAUUCCCAAAUGCUUUCUCAUUGUAGCAUUACGCCCAGGAACUACCAGCUGUUUCUGGCCUUGGUACUUGCAGUAACGAAGAUCAACAAGGAUUUGGUUCUCCUGCCCAACGUCACACUCAGUUUCCGUAUCUCUGACAACAGCCAGUCUGUGAGGAGGAUCUCCUUGAACAGCCUCUCUCUGCUCUCCACACGAGGCCGAAUGGUUCCAGGCUACAAAUGUGACAGGAGGGACACCCUGCUUUCCGUCAUUGGUGGUCUCGACCCCAAAUCCUCAAGGCAGAUGGCCUCCAUCUUCGGCAUCCUCAAGGUCCCACAGGUUGAUGAUUUGUUCCCUUGGCUUCUCACAUGCCAGAGCCAGGCAAACUAGGUCAGUGGUGGCUCUUCUUGAGGAGGGAAGAAGCAUUGCUGCUGCUCAAACUCGGUUUUGACUUCGAGUUCACUCAGGCAGACAGAACUGUUUUUCCUUCCUUUUUCCGGAUUAACUCCAAUGAACUUCCUCAGUAUGUGGGUUUAGUCCAGCUGCUCCUACAUUUCCAGUGGAAUUGGGUUGGGCUUCUGGCCCCUGAAGAUGACCGUGGAGAACGUUUCAUCUCAUCCCUGGUGCCAAUGCUCAAGGAGAAGGAGAUCUGCUUGGCCUUCAGUGAGAUGUUGAGAGUUAAUAACCUGGGUGUGUUGACAUUUGUUCUUCCCAAAACAUGGUUGAAAGCUGAAGUGAUUCUUCUGUUUGGAGACUCCAGUAGUGUUACUACUAUAUACCUGGCUGUGGAUCUUUAUGAACAACAGACUAAUAUUUCAUUUGGAAAAGUUUGGAUCCUGACUUCCCAUUGGGAGAUUAGUUUUAUAGCAUCUCAAGGAACGGUGCAAACUUUAAAGCCCUUCCAUGGGGCUCUGCAUUUCAGGGACCACACUGGUGAUGUCCCAGAAUUCAGGCACUUCCUCCUGUCUUUAGACCCCUUGAACCCCCAAGGAGACGUCUUUCUCCCUCCCUGGUGGGAAUGGGUCUUUGGGUGCAGUUUCCUGAAAUCAGGCAAAAUCCCUCAAGAGGGGGAAAAACCAUGUACAGGAAAGGAGAAUUUACAGAAUAUACCUUCUUACAUUUUUGAAAUGAGCAUGACAGGUGAAAGUUACAGCAUCUACAAUGCCAUUUAUUCUGUGGCACAUGCAUUACAUGCAAUGUAUGGAUCAGGAGCACGACCAACCAUGAUGAGGCUUGGAAAGAGGAUCUCCAAUGUCCAGUCAUGGCAGAUUCUUCCCUAUUUGAAGAACGUCCGGUUCAACAACAGUGCUGGAAGCGAAGUCUCCUUCUCAGAAGAUGGACUGGGAUCAGCUCGUUAUGAUCUUCUCAACUGGCUUUUCCUGCCCAAUCAAUCUUUCGUCCCCGUGACAGUUGGCCGAAUAGAUCCUGGGGCUCCACCAGGCCAGGAUUUCACCAUUAACUCUGAGGCAAUCAUCUGGGCCCCAGAGAAGGUGCCCUUUGCCAGGUGUGGCAUGAAGAGGUGCCAUGCGGGGGAGAGGAGAAGCGUUCCAGAGGGCAAGCAGGUCUGCUGCUACCGAUGUGACCCUUGUCCAGGAGGGACCAUUUCUAAUCAGACAGAUGCAGUUCACUGUGAUGCUUGCCAAGAGGAUCAGUACCCCAACAAGGACAAUGACCACUGCAUUGCCAAGAAGAUCCACUUCCUUUCCUAUCAAGAGAUCCUGGGAUAUGCUUUAGCUUCUCUGGCUCUUUCUCUCUCUGUGAUCACGUUGGCAGUCUUGGGAAUUUUCCUUAAACAUCGCAACACACCAAUUGUCAAGGCCAACAACCGAGAUCUCACCUACAUCCUCCUGGUCUCCCUCAUCCUCUGCUUCCUCUGCUCUUUCCUCUUCAUUGGUCAACCCAGGAAGCUCACCUGUCUCUUCCGACAAACUGCCUUUGCCAUUCUCUUUUCCCUUGCGGUUUCCUCUGUGUUGGGAAAAACUGUCAUGGUGGUUCUGGCCUUCAUGGCCACCAAGCCAGAGAACAGGACCAGGAAAUUCUUAGGAAAACCACUGACCAACUCCAUUGUCAUAGCUUGUCCCCUGAUUCAGGCAGUUCUUUGUGCCACCUGGCUGGUAACCUCUCCCCCGUUUCCCCACUUGGACUUCCACUCCUUGGUAGGAGAGACCAUCUUGGAAUGUAAGGAAGGCUCAGCUUCCAUGUUCUACACUGUCCUCACCUACCUGGGUUUCCUGGCCCUGGUCAGUUUCAUGGUGGCCUUUCUGGCUCGGAAAUUGCCCGACAGCUUUAAUGAAGCCAAGUUCAUUACCUUUAGCAUGCUGGUCUUUUGCAGUGUUUGGAUCUCCUUCCUCCCCACCUACCUGAGCACCAAAGGGAAGUCCAUGGUGGCCGUGGAGAUCUUCUCCAUCUUGGCCUCUGGAGCUGGUCUCUUGGCUUGUAUCUUUUCCCCCAAAUGCUACAUUAUCCUAUUGAGGCCCAAUCUGAAUUGUAGAGAAAAUAUAAUAAGAAACAAGAAUCUCUGAGUUAUGCAGGGAUAGGCCACAUUAAUUUAGUCUUUGAGGCAUGUUUAGAAUAUGAUAAGAUUUCUAAAAAAUUAUGACAUGAGUAGUGGUAUGUAUUUAUUUGGUCAACGACCAGCACAUUGAAAAGAACAAUAACAGAGUAAAACAAAUUAAUACAGCAGUAUACUAAAAGACAAAUCAUAUAAUACCAUUACAUAGACUCGUCUUGUACUGUAUUAAUGCUUUGAUUACCCAAGUCAUGGCAACUGCUAUUGCAUUAUUAUCAUUCUAUUUAAUUUGCACCACAAUGUUAUUAUUUUCAAGCAAUGGAGAUCGUUUCUGUUCCUACAUGUUUGCAACGAGGUGCCAAAGUUAAUAGUAAGGGGUGAUGAUCACUUUCUAAACAUGCAUCUAUCUCCAACCACUGUAAGGUUUUUAAAAGAUCAUAUGAUGCUACCCAAUAAACAAAUAUGGAUCUUCUUCCUGUUCCCCAAAAGGUAUAUUCUGCUGGGUGGUUUCCAUCC